AAUACAGGAUCUCAGACCCGUCCUAUACAACUUUUAACUCGACAUGGCGACCGGUGGAACCUCAGCUCUCCUCAGCCAAAUUUCGGACGACUUCCUGGAGUGUAAGGUCUGCCUGGAGCCCUACCGCCGGCCCAAGGUGCUGUCCUGCCUCCACACGUUCUGCCAGGAGUGUCUGGAACAGCUGCACAAGCGGCAGGGCGACGCGCAACACCUGGAGUGUCCAACAUGUCGGACCAAGACGGAACUUCCGGGUGCUGGAGUCACCGCGCUGAAGGACAACUUCUUUGUCGAGAGCCUUGCGGAUGCGGUCAAGCUCCACAAGACUGUGAAAAAGACAGAGGGAGAGAGCUCGAGAGUGGUUUGCGGUCUGUGUGAGUCCGGGCAAGAGGCGAAAUCGUAUUGUGUGGACUGCAAGGAGUUUAUGUGUGAUGGGUGUAUCAACGUCCAUGGUCGGAUAGCGGCACUGAAACGGCAUCAGGUCGCCACAAUAGACGAGGUUCGUUCAGGAGGAGGGCUUAGAGCCAAGCCUCGCACCCAGCCGUGCAAACUGCACGCAGACGAGGCCCUGAAGUUCUACUGUGAGACCUGCAAAGAGGCUGUGUGCCGAGACUGCAUCAUGGUGGAGCACAAAGAUCACUCCUACAACCAUCUCUCGAAAGUAUCUGGCGGCAUCAAAGAAGAGUUAGCUGUAAUUCUUGAACAGGCCGACAAGAGGCUGACCGAGCUCAAAGGCAAGCAACAAGAAAUCGUGAGUAAGAAGUCCCUCCUGAAAGACACUGUGACACAAGUUGAAGACAGCAUAAACAAAGCAGCAGAGCAGGCCCGAAAGCGCCUUUUGGAUCAGGUGAACGCCGAGCAAAAACAACUGUUGCAACAGGUGCAGAACAUUGAGAAGAAAACCGAGAAGGAACUUUUCACACUCGAAGACGCCGUUGAGACAGCGAUUGUCGGUUUGUCCAACACCACUGAUUUCGGACGCAGUAUCAUCAACCAUGGUACUGAUCUGGAGAUCAUCAGUGUGAAGACAGAAGUUCACUCCCGGCUUCAGAGUCUGCUGCAGGUGUCUCCAGACGGGAUGCGCGUGCCCGAAGGAGAGCUUUGGGUUGGCUUCCUUGUAGCUGACAGUGUCAAGGCAAACGACCUUGUUCUGGUCGGUGAAGUAACCAAAGGUUUUAGCGCGACGUUCACCACUUUGGGAACAACCGGUCGUCUCGGCCCGACUGACCUGGGACGACACUACAGUCGACAGGACCACGACGGACUGGUGACACUGCAGAACGGGAUCCAGCUCUUCACAGUCAAACACACUGGCACGUACGAGAUAGGAGCAGCGGCUGUCAGAUAG